AUGCAGAAGAAAUCAAAAUACAAAAUAUGGCUAUCAGAAUUUAUUCAGUUAUGCAGACACCACUUACCACCAAUAUCGGAAGAAGCUAAUACAGCUGAAACACUAUCAGACAAAGACUAUCAACUAAUAGAAGACACUCUAAAGAACAUUAUAGAAGAUAUUCAGCAGAAAAUUCAAAGAUUACAGAAAGAAAAUAAUGAGAUGGAAAAUAUUUUAGUCGAUGCUCAAACUAUCUCACAAAGUUUUUCGACUAAAGUAAAACCCAGUAUUACAGGAAAACGAUUGUAUUACUUAAAAUCUCGAUAUCAUGAUUUCGGUAUAAAUGACGCAACCAACUUAAAACAAAUGAAACGGCUGCGUGAUUAUUUGUGUAAAACAAAGUUAGCCUUGGAGAAAUCUUUACAAGAGGAGUAUAAAUUGAAAUCUGAUAUAGCUACAAGUCAGAAAAAUGUCCAGCAUUUAUUGGAAAAGGUUAAUUGUCAAAAGAAAGUUAAUAAAGCAUUAAAAAAUCGUAUUGAACGUCUGAAAGUUUGUUUAAACUCUUGGAAAUUAGAACAAGAACAUCUGCCAGCUAAGUGUAUUGGUGAAUGUAUUUUGGUUGCUUUGUAUAACCAUAUCAAUUCGGAUAAAAAUAAAGCCGUACAAGAAGAUGACAAUGGUGAUCUACCGCUGUCACUAUUGGCUGAUCAAUCAGUCAAAGGAAAUAAUUCGGAGAAUAUUGAAAAUAAUGUUAAUUCCCAGUACCGGGAACUGCCAUCACCUUCUCUUUCUAAAAGAUGUUCAAUAACAGUGACUCAAUUUACUCAGCUACUUCAAACAGGACGAAAUAAUGAAGCAUUUUCGCUUAUAAAUGAGUGUGGGGAAGAGAACUGUGAUUUGUUAACUCAAUUAUUUAAAGUGUGUGAAAGUAUUAGCAGAAAUCAGAGAAAAGAUGACAUAUUACGCCAGUUUGUAGUGAGUAUCUUUCAAAAAGACAUUGAAGAUGCUGAGGAUAAUUGUGACCAACAUCAAACUAAAUUUACACAAAAUCUAAUCAAAUUAUCCAUUCCAAUUCUGUUAGACAAUGGAUAUGAUAAUUUAUUAAUGAAAUGGAUUAAAAGAAAUAUUUCAAUGAUCAAUGAAUCAAUAGCAGAUAUUAUCUUUAAAUCGAAUGCAACAAACACCUCCAUUAUUGAAUAUUCCAGUUAUAUAUACGAAACAAUAUGUGAAAAUAUCUACAGCAAAAUCAUAAAACUUAGUAGCAGUAGUAAUAAUAAUAAUUAUAAUACUGGAGUUAAACAAAAAUCAUUGGAAACAUUGAAAAGAUGUCGAACUAAGUGUUUACGUUGUUUACUGAUAGUUCGAAAGGUGAAUCAUAUUCUUAAAUUAUUAGACAACUGUGGAUUGUGUAAAGAUGAUGAAAGUAACACAACUGAAUAUCCAGAGAAAGAACUAUUCAACCUACUUUUAAAAUGUAACUGUCCUCAAUCAGCUGAUAUAUUCCAUCAUCUUCUUGAAAAUGACAAAAUAUCAUGGAAAUCAUUUGGAUUACUUUUAGAAGAACAAAUGCAUAAAAUCAAUUCAUCAAUGGAGAAUAAUAUCGACGACUCUUAUGGAAAUAUGCGUGUCACAGUACUAUUAGCGGAUCUGGUGAAUAUUCUACUCAGUGAUGUCGAAUUAAAAGAUCAACACAAAAUUUUGGAAAUGAUUGUACAAAAAUUGGAGAUUAAUUCUGUGUCUUUCUGGAAAAACUUACUCGAAAACAAUCCAUCAAACUGUCGUGAUGUAUGCAAAUUAUGCGGGGCUUUCGAAAUAGUGAAAGUGAGACAGUUACACAUACGCAGAAUGGUACACUUAGUUCAGCUAGCCAUAUCUGGCAUUUCGACAGUCGAUACACCACCCGAAUAAGGAGUUAGUUCAAUCUUUUGGUUUUAGUUAAGGAUCGAUAAACAAAAAUGAUGAAUGUUUUCUUCGAUUAUCUCCAUCAUAGAUUUGAUAAUUUUUUAUGCUUUACGUUUUUCCUAGAAAAUACUUUUGACGAUAUAAAAAUGAAUAAAUAUGC